AUGGCUGAUGAUAUCAAAUCGAAAGUUGAAAAAAAAGGAGAGGAAGAAGAAGAAGAGGAAGAAGAAGAUUCAGUGAUUGACGUACGUCAUCGUAAAUUUGUCUAUAAAGUUCAAUUUGUGCAAUCACCUGAUCAUCCAACAACAUCACUUCAUAUGACAACACAAAAUGCUUCAUCAUCUUCAGCUAAUUCAUCAGGCAUGAUGAAAAUGGAUGAUUCAAAUCAAUAUUUCAGUAAUGAAUCAUUAAUUCCGCGAAAUAUCGAGCAUCUAGCUUUAUCUCUAAAUAAUAAUAGUAAUAGACAACAAAAUUCAAUACCAACUAUUACAUUCAAUGAAGCAGAACAAUGUUCAACAUUUGUUGAUCAAAUGGAUAUACUAAACAAUAUGAAAGAAUAUCAUUCGGAACAGCAAAUGAUCAACUUAACUGAACCAUUUCAACAAUUCAAUCCUUCCAAUGAUGAGAAAAUUUCAAAUGGGACAUUACUUGAUAACACUUUCAAUCGUGAAUUUGGCGCAUCAUUUACGAUUUCGAAUGAUUUCGAAAUGAGCAAUACUGAUAAUAUUCAUUAUGAUGAAAUGCUUUCCAAUAUUUUACAACACGAUGAUAGUAAUAACAUAUCAUGCAUUCAGCACGCACCAUUAUUUGGUUAUACUACUGGAAAUUUAUUCAAUUUUACAAUAUCUGAUUUUAAUUUAUCUGAUCCAAAUAUUGCUGAUGAUGUUAAACAAACAUUUACUGAUGAUUAUCAUUCAGGCAAACCGAUUAUAAUGGGUUUGAUGCAAAAUGGACAGAUAAUUGUUGAUGGUUUAAGCAUGGCAAUCAAUAAAAAAUUAAGCAGCAAAGAAGAAAAUGAAUCAAUUAUCAAUGAAGGAGUCAUUUCAUCAUUAUCAAUAUUAUCACAAAAUUUGGACGAUUAUCUAAAUGAGCAACAUGAGAAUGUUAAACAAAUAAAUAGUAAUGAAGUUAUUAGUGGUAUAACUGUUAAUGGUGAAUUAAUAAUUGCUAAUAGAACAACUGAUAAUAGUUUACCAAUAACAAAACAUUUAGCAACAAUUAUUAUGGGUUUAACUGCAAAUGGUCAAAUUAUCGUUGGUGGUUGCAUGUCUAAUGCUAUCACUGAAAAUCCAUUAGGAAAAUUUAAUGAGCAAAAUCAUGUAACAAUUGAUAUUAUUGGAAAUAUAACAGCAAAAAAUGAAAAAGUUUUAAUUGGAUUAACAACUACUAAUUCAAAUUUUACAAAUGUUCAUAAUGAAUCACUUCUUCGACGAGAUUCUUUUUGA